AAACGAACCAACCAAUCCCAUCACCAAAUCUCACCUCCUUAUCUUUCGUAAGCCUCUGUUAUCUUCUCUCUGUCUUUCUCUCUCCUGCCUGGCAGAGGAACUGAGAAAAUAGCAUGGCAGCCACACUCAGCCUUCUGAAACUCCCUCUUCUUCCUUCAACGCAGCAGCAUAUCCACUCAAAGCUCCCAAAUCCCUCUCGCCCAUUUAGAUCAAACCUCUUCAAAGACUCGUAUAACCCAGAAAAGCUCAUCUCUGAAAGCAUCGUCCAGUUAAGAUCAGCCUCUGUUCCCCUCACAGCACUGGCAUUGCCCUUCUUUCUGGACCCCAAGGAUGCAAUUGCGGUGGGUGGGGAGUUUGGGAUUUUGGAAGGAAGAUCAGUCGCACUCAUACAUCCCAUUGUGAUGGGUGGGUUGUUUUGCUAUACUUUGUACGCUGGCUACCUGGGUUGGCAAUGGCGACGAGUACGGACAUUACAGAAUGAGGUUAAUGAGCUCAAGAAGCAAGUAAAGCCGGUCCCUGUCACUCCACAAGGCACCCCACCAGCAGAACCCCCAACACCAUCGCCUGUUGAAACCAAAAUUCAGCAACUUAAUGAGGAGAGGAAGGAGUUGAUUAAAGGGUCAUACAGGGAUAGACACUUCAAUGCAGGUUCAAUACUGCUAGGAUUUGGAGUUUUUGAGGCGAUCUUCGGAGGACUCAACACAUGGUUCAGGAUAGGAAAGCUUGUUCCAGGACCUCAUCUAUUUGCAGGGGCAGCUAUAACAGUGCUAUGGGCAGCAGCAGCAGCUCUUGUGCCUUCAAUGCAAAAGGGAAGCGAAACAGCCAGGAAUCUUCAUAUUGCAUUGAAUUCAUUAAAUGUUCUGCUCUUUAUAUGGCAGAUUCCCACUGGGAUUGAUAUAGUUUUCAAAGUUUUUGAAUUCACCAAGUGGCCUUGAAUUGUAAACAUUCCUAGAGUGAGGUCUCGUGCUUCCUUAAAGUUAGGCCUCUUUCAUUUUUAUGUUCUUUUUGUUUUGAUUUUACACCGUCACCACUGUAAUUGUUCACCGUAUGGUAGGAAUAAGUACUUUUGGCACAAACUUAUGAAACUGAUUUGAUACAUUGAAUAUAGAGUGUACUUCAGCUUGUAUGUUGGAUUUUUGGUGUUAAUAUACACUAUGUUGAGCCAAACUACAAAACAGCACUAUUUCAUGCAAGGAUCCUCCUCUUGAAACAGACUUCUGUGUUUGACAA